GGCAGGAAUAUUUCGCGCCAAAUUGAAACAGAAGAGUUGACAGUGCGAGCAGCGCGAGAGACGAGCCGACACUCAAACCUCCGGACAUCACCUCAAGUUUUACCGUCUGUUGUCCCUGUCAGUACAAGUGUCGCUAACAUGGAGGAGGCCAACAAGCUGGUCGGCACCGGGAAGAAGCACCUGGUGAUGGGGAAGGUGGUGGAGGCGGUGAGCGCCCUGCAGGAGGCCUGUGGCAUGCUGGCAAAAAAGUAUGGCGACACAGCGGAUGAGUGUGGAGAGGCGUUCUUCUGGUGCGGUAAAGCGCUCCUGGACCUUGCACGGAUGGAGAACUCAGUCCUUGGUAACGCUCUGGAAGGAGUUCCUGAGGAAGAGGAGGAAGAAGAGAAACCCAAAGACUCCAACGUUGAGAGCACAGAAAACAUUGAUGAGAAGACCAGGGACGAGAUGAGGGUUCAGGUGUACGACGCCAUGGCCGAGAAGAAAAACCAAGGUGCCCAAGAGGCUGAAGGGAAGCAGAGCGAAAAGGCAGAGAGGAAAAACGAAGAUGCCCAAAAGGCUGAAGGGAAGCAGAGCGAAAAGGCAGAGAAGAAAGGUGGCGUGGUAAAGGCCCCCGCUGGUGAUGCACAACAGAAAGCAGCCAAAAAGGGAGAGGAGGAAAAGAAGAGCAAGGUUGAUGAAGACAAAUCUGCUGAGAAUGAAGACGAGAAGGAAAAUGAGAAACAAGGCGAGGAAUCAGGAGAGGAAGCAGAAGACGGUGAAGAAGAGGGGGAGGAGGAGGAGGGCGACGAUGCCGAAAUGGAGGGUGACGCACCAGAGCAAGGCGAAGGAGACGGCACCGCUGAGAAGGACAGUGAGGAGGAGGAGGAGGAGGAGGAGGAGGAGGAGGAGGUGGGGAACCUGCAGCUCGCCUGGGAGAUGCUGGAAGUGGCCAAGGUCAUUUACAAGAGGAAAGAGUCUAAGGAUGAUCAGCUGAUGGCAGCGCAGACCCACCUGAGACUGGGUGAGGUUUCUGCUGAAUCAGGAAAUUACUCCCAGGCGUUGGAGGAUUUCCAGGAGUGUCUGAAGCUGCAGGUGAAACACCUGGACUCAGACAGCCGCCUGCUCGCUGAGACUCACUACCAGCUGGGCCUGACCUACAGCCUGAACCUCCAGUACCGCCAGGCUGUCGCCCAGCUGAACAGCUCCAUCUCCGUCAUAAAGAGCAGGCUGGACAAGCUGCAGCAGCUGCUGGACAAGGCCGAGGGCCCGGAGGCUCUGCCCAGCGAGAGGAAGGAGAUGGAGGAGCUGAAGGCUCUGCUCCCAGAGAUCAAGGAGAAGGUGGAGGACGCCACAGAGGGACUGAAAAUGACGAGUGCUGCUUCUGAGUCUGUGAAGGAUGCACUGGGGGGAGGCUCUACUUCCUCUGCAUUCCCAGAGUCUGCUCUACAGAACGGUGACGCUGCCUCCAGUUCAAAAGUGAACGGCACAUCAACCAAAAGAGUCAGUUCCACCAACGGACACGCGUCCUCCGCUGCGGUAUCUGACAUCUCCCACCUGGUCAGGAAGAAGAGGAAACCCGAGGAGAGUCCAGUGAAGGAGGUGAAGAAGGUGAAGCACGAGCCUCCCGCUGACAAAGUCGAAAAAGCCGGCAGCAAAACUAAAGGAAAAACGAACAGUAUGGAAGUCGACAGUAAGUGAACCUGGUUUCCCUCCUGACCUUCCUCUGCGCCCAAGAGAUUCACCGUCCUGCCAAGCCCUUGUUGCACUCGUUUGCUGUUGUAAAUAUGUGCAUAUAUAACUAAGCCUGUUGUUAUGUUCCUGUCGGUUCACAUGUGUAUCUGUAAAGUUGAAUAAAGAAUCUAAUUUGAUAAAA